CCCGCGCCUGCGGAUAACGAACGGUCGAGCGCAAGAGAAAGAGCGCGAGGCAAUGGCGACGAUGAGAACGGCGGCGGCCGCCUUGGGCACGGGCGCUCUCUCUUCUUCUACGACGAAGCGCUUCUUCUUCGCCGCCCCCAGCCGCGUCGCCUGUCGUCGUCUGCGCGCUUUCCCCAGUCGUGUUGCAGACUCGGAGCUCACCCUGGAGGAGCUGAACCCUUCUGUCGAGCUGCUCAGGAAAACUGCGGAGGCCGUCGGCGAUUUCAGGAAAACGCCCAUCUACAUCGUCGGAACGGACUGCACUGCCAAGCGCAACAUCGCCAAGCUCCUUGCCAAUUCGAUCAUAUACCGCUACCUCUGCAGCGAAGAGCUGCUCGAGGAUGUUCUUGGAGGCAAAGAUGCCCUCAACGCUUUCAGGGAAUCCGACCUCAACGGUUACCUCGAAGUUGAGACUGAAGGGCUCAAGCAGUUAACCUCCAUGGGCAGCCUUGUGCUUUGCUGUGGGGAUGGUGCUGUCAUGAACUCAACCAAUCUUGGGCUACUGAGGCAUGGAGUCUCCAUUUGGAUCAAUGUUCCUCUGGAAUUGGUGGUGAAUGAUAUGUUGAAGACGCAAGCUACUUCAGACCCUGAUUCCUUUUCUGAGGCAAUGAGCAGAGUGCGACAGCGAUACGAUGAACUGAAAGAGCGCUAUGGAGUUUCCGAUAUAACUGUUUCAGUCCAAAACGUAGCGUCUCAACUGGGUUACAGCAGCAUUGACUCAGUGACCCUAGAGGACAUGGUCCUUGAGAUCGUGAGGCAAAUAGAGAGGCUGAUCCGAGCGAAGUCGAUGAUGGAAGCUGCUGGGAAGCCCUUCUAAAAAGAAGCCGAACCCUUCCGGGACGAAAGGAAGCAAAAGGGGGCGCCACAGCUACUGAUUAUUAAUUUUUUAUACUCGAACAGAACAAUUCAGUAUUUACAGCUACUAGUGACUUGUGAGGGAGGAGGAUAUAUGCUGGAGCAGAAUGAAUGAAAACUGGAUGUGAAUUUGUCACUGGCUGA